GAUUAAACAUAGGUCCGGACUGAGAUUUCAGAGAACGCACCCUCUGAAAAUUUCAAAGUCCUAACUUUCUCUUUCCUUUUUCAAUUUUUUUUAUAAAAAAAUAAUAUUAUAUUAGAGAGUCCUAAACCUAUUACAAUUAUAUUAUUCUUUCGAGAUUGUUUCCAUCUGAGUUGCUGAGACUAUCAAAUCACAUAUAUAUAGUUUCUUUGGUGUUUAAUAAUCAAUUCUGAAGCAUUGGUUUUAAGUCUUUUUCCUUGGAGAAAUUCAGUGCCGUGGAGUAUUGUAAACUUGAAGUUUUUACUUAAAGAAGUGUUGGUCUUGCUCUGUGAUCUACACUAGUUUCGGGUUUUUUGUGCUAUUCGCAGAAAACCCAUUUAGACACUCGAAACUUUUUCAGGGAAAAUCUCUGGUACCAUGAUUUGCUCCGUGAAGCAAUUUUCACCCAUGAGCACUACUGGAUCAGAAAUAUUUCUCCGGCCAAACUCUCGGUCACCGAUACAGCAGUCUUUGCUGUUACCUUCUCUACCGAUUCAGAAGCCGAAGCGAUCAUCCAUCUCGGUGCAGAAACCUCUGCAUGUUUCUAUGGUUGGUGAUUUCAAUGGAGGUUUUGGGUCUGUGAAGGCUCGAAGGAGUUUGAUCAAAUGUGAGGCUUAUGAGGCGGACAGAUCGAAGCCGAUCGAGACAAAUAUCGAACUGCCAAAGGCCGAGGGGCCAUCUGAGGCGGCGAAGAAAGUCAAGAUCGGUAUCUACUUCGCUAUGUGGUGGGCUUUAAACGUGGUCUUCAAUAUUUAUAAUAAGAAGGUCUUGAAUGCCUAUCCGUAUCCAUGGUUGACCUCGACUUUGUCUCUCGCUUGUGGGUCUUUGAUCAUGUUGAUCUCUUGGGCUACGAGGAUCGCUGAGGCCCCAAAGACUGAUUUUGAGUUCUGGAAGGCUUUGUUUCCUGUUGCUGUGGCACAUACAAUUGGGCAUGUAGCAGCCACUGUGAGUAUGUCAAAGGUUGCUGUGUCUUUUACUCAUAUUAUCAAGAGUGGGGAGCCUGCUUUUAGUGUAUUGGUGUCAAGGUUCUUGCUGGGUGAGAGCUUCCCAAUGCCAGUGUACUUGUCUCUCAUCCCCAUCAUUGGUGGUUGCUCACUUGCUGCUUUGACUGAGCUCAACUUCAACAUGAUUGGUUUCAUGGGUGCCAUGAUAUCAAACUUGGCAUUCGUCUUCAGAAACAUUUUCUCAAAGAGGGGCAUGAAGGGGAAGUCUGUUAGUGGAAUGAACUACUAUGCUUGUUUAUCAAUUUUGUCUCUCGUAAUUCUCACGCCCUUUGCAAUUGCGGUUGAGGGACCACAGAUGUGGGCAGCUGGAUGGGAAAAGGCCUUCCCUCAACUUGGAUCUCAAUUGCUUUGGUGGAUGGCAGCCCAGAGUGUGUUCUAUCAUCUGUACAACCAAGUUUCUUACAUGUCUUUGGAUGAGAUCUCUCCUUUGACUUUUAGUGUUGGUAACACCAUGAAACGUAUUUCAGUCAUUGUAUCUUCCAUCAUCAUCUUCCACACACCCGUCCAGCCCGUCAAUGCUCUUGGAGCUGCCAUUGCGGUCUUCGGUACCUUCUUAUAUUCUCAGGCGAAGCAGUAAAAGCUUGAAACUGAGGAACAACGUAUUUUUAUAUUUUCGUCAUGUAAGAUAAAAAUCUUGGAAGUGAGUUUCUUCAAGAACUGGUGAAGAGGCUUGUAGCAGUGGUAGAGUUUCUUUUCAAGAUCCACAAAUGCUGGAUUUUUGUUCGGAUGCACCAAUAGUCUCGUGUUCUUGUAGAUAAGCAAUAAAAAUGAGAUUAAGAACAUCAUUUCAGUUUUUUAUUUUUGUUUUUUUGAUAUACAGGUAAUUAGGUAGUUUAUUUUUCAAAUAAGAGAAAAUAAUGUCUCAGACCGUAUCUUUUUUUAGAAGAAUUAAAUUUAAUAUCCUAAUGCUAUCUUUGGGUUA